UAUGCAGGGCGGAUAUAAACGCCGAGGCGCUUAGUGACGGUUGCUAGCAACUUUCUGUGAGUUCCGGUUCUGCUCUUCUGCAGUUAGGCAUAUCUCCUCAGGAGGGUCUAGUUAGUUCCAAUAAUUUACAGUGCUGUUCUGGUUUUAUAUCAUUUUCAAAGUAACUUUUGAAGUUGUUUAUCUCCAGGUCUUCACAGUGCAGCGGUUUUGGUUAGUCACUGUCGUCAUGCCUCGUGGAAGAUCAGCGAUUAGCGUCCACUCUGACUCCAGCGACAUGGAUAUUGACACACUGGGAGAGACAGAGAUGGGCAAGCUACAGAGGCAGUUUCGCAUCAUGGAGGCCGAUCGGCAGGCCUGUAGCAUCCAGUCACAGGAGCUUAUUCGCAAACAGCGUCUGGAGAUGGAGAAGCUGCGUGAGGAGCAUGAGGAGCUGCAGAAGAACCUGCGAGCAUCCGCAAGCCAGUCGCGUAGGCAGGCCGACAGCCACGACGCCCAGCAGCUCCGAGCUCUCCUGAACCGCCGCGACGAACUUAACGAGCAGCUGGAGAGAGAGCGACUCAGUCAAGCGGAGCUUGAUCGAGAGAUCCAGAAUAUUCAGAAGAAACUGGAAGAGCUGAAAAAAGGACAUGUUAGUACCUUUCACAGUCAGAAGUCUCAGGCUCGCCACAUCCAAAAGGCCACUCGCACCCUGGAAAAUAAACUGGACCGGGCUCUUGUUCGUUUCAAUGAGCAGCUGGCGAAGAACAGCCAGCUGAGAGAGGAGCUGGAGACGCUGCGCGUGGAGCGUGUCCGCUUCCAGCAGCUUCACCACAAACUGGACAAGGAGCUUCAGGAAAUCCGGCGGGAGAUUGGUGACGUCAUCGGCAUGUCAACGGCAGCUUACGAUUCCAGAGUGGAGGCUCAGACGAAGAUGACGAUGAUGAAGGAGAAGGCGGUGAAGGACCUGGCGCAGUACACCGCGGAGAUGAAGGAGCUGGAGAGGCUGAUUGCACACGAGCAGCGCCUUAAAGACUUCAUGACAACCAAGUGCAAGGAGAGGACAGGACUGGAUGACGCACUCAGCCACAGACACGAAAUGAAGGAGCAGCGGAGGACCGACUCUGAGGUGGCGGCGGAGACUCUAGAGGAAGUUUUCCAGCGGAUCCAGAAGGUGACUGGCGAGGACGAUUUGGAAAUGCUAGUCACCAAAUUUAUCCAGGCGGAAGACAGGAACUUUGCUCUCUUUAAUUACGUGAACGAGCAAAACACGCAGGCUGAGGCUUUGAAAGAUCAAAUCAGACAGAUCAAAGAGGAGAUGGAGAGGUUCCAGGUGGAGGAUCUGCAGCAGGAGCAGGAGCAUCACACCACCCUCAAGCAGAUGGAGGAGCAGCAGAGAGAUGCUGAAGCUCAGGCCCUGGAGUACGACGCCCGGGUUAAAGAAAUCACCCAGAUCCUGGAUCAGAUUAAGACAGGAGUGAGCGCUGUGUUUAAUAAGAUCGAUUGCGACCAUGCAGCGGUGGACGAUUUGCCUGGUUCUUUGGCUGGAAUCAGAGACUCUGACAUCAUGACGUACCUGAGGCUGGUGGAGCAGAAAACCACCGUGCUGCUCACUGUGCAGGCCUUCAUCAACUCCAAGGACCCGGAGAAGGAUUACGAUCCGAAAUUGGCGGCUCAGGAGCUGCUUGGGAAAAUUGCGGAGCUGCAGAAACAAGCUCCUGUCGUGCAGCCUCCUGUUCCUGGGGAUGACUACGAUAUAGAAGAGUUGCUACUUCCACAUGAGGAAGACCAACCUUUGCCCCAGGAAGAACUUCGUCAGCGUAUUAUGAACAGAGUUUUAACGUGUGUCUCUGUGCAGAUUCUUCAAAAGGAAGAAGCGUUGCAUGCUGGGAAGAGCAAAGAGGCCAGGUCUGCUAAACUCAGCGCUCAGAGAUCUUGAUUACUGUGCAUGUGUGUCUUGGGACUUGGAUGGUGUCUGGUGUAAAAAUACAGAAAUAAUGAAAUGCAUUUAAAGCAAUAGUUGUCACAAUCAGUCUCCUCUGACUGCUGAUAUUCUUACAAAUAUCCAUCUAUGCCCAUGUACAUGAAACCCCGCCUCCAAAAGCCCACAGUGUUCGGAGUUUAUCUAUGUUAGUUCAAUAGGUAGCUGGGUAACUUUCCAGCAUUUCACAAUGUCAAAUUAAGUGUCUUUUUUUUAUCAUUACUAAAAAACCAAACAAACCAACCUUUAAAUCUAUAAAUGGAAAAAAAUGUACUGAAAAAAGUGGCAUUUGUUAAUAAAUAAACAAUUGUAAUUAAUUGUUACCAAAUUGCUUUGGUAUAAGUGGAAUAAAACUGCUUGGGAUAUGCUGUAAAAACAGAAAAAUAAACAACCUGAUCAUGGUAACAGUGACUAAACAACUAAAGACCGUGAUAGUCACCCCUGCCCUGUCGUUUCUGGGUUUUAAUUCACAGCUCUCACAAUAUUUCCGUCAUCAGCUGCUGUAGUUUUCCUUAGCCAACCCGUUCAGUGUGUGUUUGCUCCAGUGGUUUUACACCAGUGGUUUCCUUCUUUUUCAGGACGUUCCAAAUUGUUGUAUUGGCUUUAUCCAAUGUUUGUGCAAUGCCUCUUUUCUCAGCUUCAAAAUGGCUUGCUUUUCUCCCAUAGACAUCUCUCUGAUCUUCAUGUUGGUUUAUCCUUUUUAAACAACAAAUGCGGUCUUCACAGGUGAAACCGAAGGCUAAAACCAAGAUUAGAUGUUCAGAUCUAUUUAUUCUUUAAACGAUCAAUCUAACAGGACACACCUGGGCAGCAAGAAACACCUGUCAGUCACAAGUUCCAACAUUUUUGCUCACCUACAGAUUGGCUGGUCUAAUACAAAAUGUUCUAUGUUGUUUAACAUGUCUGCAUUUAAAUACCAGGAAAUAAAAGCUGAAAUUCUAAACUUUCUUCUAAACAUACUCAUCUUUUGAUCCCAAACCCAAAUGUCUAUAGUACAGUACACAUAAUAGAACUGGCCUUGCCAUUCCAAUAGUUUCGGAGGGGACUCUGAACAGAAGACUGCACCGCUAUCUGCAGGCAUUUAUUUACUAUGGUUAAAAAGAUCAAAAGGUCAAUUAAAGAAACUCAACUGAAAAUAGUAUUCACAUUAUUUCUAAUACAAAGAGUUAGAAAAAUAUGGAGCAGAGCAAAAUAAUAAACACGCACAUUGUUAGAAUAAAAUUAGUUGAAUUUUAUUUCAGCGGUGGCUCACGGUAUGGAUAAUUCAUACCAAAAAUAUUUUCUUGCUGCCUUUCUUGGGUCCUGAAUUGAUUAGGUUGUUUUUGUGUUCAUUUGCUGACACCCAACCCCCCCCC